GUCGAGUCAAGUUGAACAUAAACAUCGGGUGAGUAACGUGAUGGGCGACGUUUUCUUGUGUUAUUUUAGUUUAUGUGUGAGACUUGUGGUCUGAUUAUAAGUUUUGAGCAGGUUACGCUCAUGUAAAACUUGAGGAUAUAGGCACUGUUUAAUGUAGCAACCUUCUGAUGCGCGGAGAAUGGAUGAAACUCACAGGGUGUCCUUGGCCUUCCAUGACCUGACAGAAAUACCUCAGAAUGCGAUCAGCAAGUAUGCUGCCAAAGCUGAGGUGCUGGAUCUAAGCCACAAUCAGAUCAGUGACCUGCGUUGCUUGGAGUCCUUCAGCAAAAUCCACACACUGAUCCUAGACAACAACCACCUGAAAUCCCAUGUGAAAUUCCCAACGCUGCCCCAAGUCACAACGCUCUGGGUCAACCGGAAUCGCAUCUCCAACCUGACGGUGUUUAUAGAGACGGUGUCCAAUGCCUUCCCCGACCUGCAGUAUCUGAGCAUGAUGAACAAUCCAGCAGCACCCAGCUUCUUCAAUGGGGGCAGCUACGAGCAGUAUCUGGACUAUAGGCAUUACGUGAUCAGUCAGUUGCCUAAGCUGACCAUGCUGGACGAUAAAGAGAUUCCAGAGACUGAGCGUCAGGAAGCAGAGAGGAUAUACAAGCACCAGAUGAAAAGGAAAUCAUCCAAGAACAGACGAAGGUCUAGUCAGAGUAAGAGGAAAAGCCGUGGAUCCAACAGUCAUCUGUCCACAGAGGGCAGCGUUGACCUGCCUUCUCUGGAGGAACUCAGCAACAGUACGGCCAAGAGGUGAUGGAGUCGUUAUAGAGAGCCCAAAUAUUCCCAUCAGAAAUCUGACAGUUUCUACUGCAAUCCUGCAGAUUGGAUUUAUUUCAAGCAAGAUCGAGCAUGAACAAUGAAUAACCGUUACCGGUACCCUUCUUAUCAAUGCACAUGCAUAAUGGACCAUUCCAGAUUGGGCCAGAAGCCCCACCCACUUUGUAUAUGGGGAACAUCACAUGCAUCUCCCCAUUUAUACCACACUGCAUGUUCCAGCAUGGUCUGUGAUUGGUCAACACUUCAUGGGGCGGGGCUUAACAGGCAAACUGUUGGUGACUAUUUGUACCUUGUCACAUGUGGGCAACAUCACAUGCAUACUCCCAUUACCACACUGCAUGUUCCAGUGCAUUUGCUGUGAUUGGUCAACACUUCAUGGGGUGGGGCUUAACAAGCAAACUGUUGGUGAUAGUUUGUACAUGUACCUUGUCAAUCACAUUGUCCAAUGGCUGCAGUUUCCUCUAAUCUCGCCACUGGUUCCCACUGUAGUGAAUUAUGAAUGAAAGCCAUUGAGGACCAAUGGUGAAACCCUGCCUUAUAAUCUGGUAGUCAAAUAGUCAAUAAAGGUGGCCAUAGUUGGCACUACACUGCAACAGAUUUAACAUUUCUGUCUUUUUUUUCAGGGGCUUUCAAACAAAAACAGUAUUAAGAGAGGCUGAAGGCAUAGCACAAAAUUACAUUAUUUCAAUUUAGAUUGAUUUUUUAAGUAUAUCAUUUGUUUUAAAGCAAUUUUCUUUAAAGCAAUUUUAAUGUAUGUGAAAUUUUAUUUAUUUUAAUGGUGGGCCAGGGGGAGGUAGUGGGCAUUUUAACGGGUUUAUAUUCCAGGACUUUCCGUAGAAAUAAAUAGCUUCCAACAAUAUACAUUUUGAAACAAAUUAAAAAAUAAAGUAAUAUUUUUAUCAUGGUUUUUUAGAAUCUUUUGAAUUUGAAAACGGAUCAUUUUGUUGUUGAUGACCACGAUGUUCAUAGUGCAGAGAACAAUGUUGGCAUCAGAAAUCUGAGAAAAUGCUAAUGAUUGCCUUUUUAACAUUACAGAAAAAAAACAUUUAAUGUAUUGAAACCAAGUGUUAAUAUUGUAUAGUUGCAGAUUAGUACAAUUACAUAUAUAUAUUUUAAUGCUUAAAAAAUCUUUCGAACUUUAUACUUACAUUUGAUGUACGAUACAACUUUGUGGCUGAUAAUGGGACAAUCUUCCCCACUGCUUAUUUUUAAUACAUUUUCUUAAUUAUGCUGCCAAUUUUAUACCUUGAAAUGUGUAACUUAAAUUUACUCUUCCAGUUUUUGCAUGCAAUAUGUUCUAUUGUCAAUUUGCGAAUAAAAAAAGGGCACACUAAAAAGACUGAAGAAGUUAUUUGAUCAGUAUAACUUCUUUGAUGACAAUAAACAGACAACACAGCGUAAAA